AUGGCUGGGGCAGAACCAGCAGUCCGUGAUGCCGAUGGGCCAGCUGUUCAGAAGGGACCAACAAUUGUGUCGUCCAUCAUGUACGAAAAGAACGAGCUCAAGAAGGAGCUCGAAGAAAUGAAGCAGAAGAGCUCAGCCGACGCUUGGCUUAUAGAAGAGCUCAAUAAGGACAUGCAGAAAAUGAAAGAAAAGGCAGGGUCACGACAUUAUGAGCUUAUCAUGGCGCGAGAGGGGUUCGAAACCGCCAUGCGGGAUAAAGAAGAGAUAAUUUCUCAAUUUCGUGGCAUGCAAGUGCGCAUAGAUGAACUGAACGACGUCACCCGCAACCUCGACGUUCGCUGUUGCAUUGCUGACCAGGCGAUGUUCGGCUACAUGCGGCACAUCGGGUACCUGGAGAGAGAAAAUGAUAUCUUGAGGGGCUCGAUCGAACACAGGGCCAACGCGUCGGGAGCGAUGGCCGCGGAAAUGACGGAUCUGAAGCUGCUUAUGACCAGUUAUCAGAACGAGCUGGAGACCACGAAAUGUCUCAACCAGUCGCUGGAUCAAAACGUCUGCCAGCUUUCGGACAAGACGCAGGACAUGAGGGCCAAGCUGAAGAAGGCCAGGUCCCACGCGACGACCAUGCGUAUAAAAAAGAAAAGCCUCCAGAGAGCCCUCGCCGUCGCCAAGGGAAAGCUGAUCAGUCUAGAGACGCAGGAGCCCUACGACAAUCGCGCUCGCAAAGAGACUGAAAAGGACCUGUUCUUGGUCAAAGAGAAACUAAAGGAUACCAAAAAGCAAAGAAGGCCUGGCCAAACCAAGGGUAAGGUCACGGCGCAGGAUGAGGCAGUUAUGGCCGCCAUGGAGAAGGGCCUAGAGGACGAGAUUGAGCGCCUCACAAGGUCACUCGAGGAAAAGGACAAAGAAAUACAAAAGCGGGAGACCAAGAUGGAAGAACUGCGAGCAAGAAUCAAGAGCAACGCGGAUGAGCAGGAAAGUAUACAACCCGAGGAAAAUGAGCAUGAAUCGGGUAGUCGAACCGUCGUCGCGAUCGAGGACACCGAGGCCAAGGAAUACUCCAAAAUCGACGAAUGGUAUGUGGAGGUGAGCGCGCCAGACGACGAGCUGGCGAGGCUGCGAGAGGAGCUGCAAGACGCGCGGGAGGAGAUAGGCCAACUGAAGAAGACAGUCUCGGGCCUAAAUAAGGUCAUAAAUGAUCAAAAAAUUGAGAUCCGGCGACGGCGGCAGAAUGAGACGACGCUGCAGGCCGAGGCGGAUCGGCAAGGAACCAUAGCGGCCGAGAGCCAGGUUAAGCUGCAGAAAAUGGGGUGCCAGGUGCUCGAGCUCGAGCGGAUGCAGACGCGUGCCAACCUCAAGUUGAUCGGGAGCGGCAUCGUUACGGUGGCCGGCCGGCUGGACAAAAUCGACAGCGCGACCUCGGCGAACUGCGCCUUGGACGAGAUCGAUGGCUUCCUCGAGAACGUCGCCGGCCACACGAUGGGCUGCAUAGAGCAGGCUAGGCAAGACGCCUCCGCCAUCCAAGGCGUGGUGCGCAAUAUGAGGUACCUGCUACCCAGCCCGGCCGACAAGAACGACACGGGCGACGUGGCCCGCCUUUUCGGUGAGGUUCAGAUGUUUACGACGGACGUCAAGGGGCUGAGGGAAGGCAUCAAGCUGGAGCUGGCCGCCUCGGGCGUGGGCGCAAUCGCCGGCGACGGUGGGGCCAUACAAAAGAAAUCGAAACAAAAGGGAGCCCCCCGAGAUCGACGCUUAUGGCUAGGUUUCUAG